UUGCCAUUAUACAUGGAGGGGAAACCAGCCUGUAAUGAAAGCAGCUUCUCAGACAUGGCUGUGGCAUUGCUCGGCCGUAGAACAAAUAACUCGGAAACACACCCCGUUUCUUCUCUUUGUGGGAACCUUUAAGCUGCAUGGUAGUUUUCUAAUUUCCCUCCCUCCCCAGCAGCUCUCCUUGCUUUCAGCAUGUGUUGCUCCUGGCUCCAAGGAGUGAAUUUUAACGCCUCCCCUGCUUCUUUCAGAGAUGGCGGAUUCCUAUGCCUGUAAAGGUGGAAGGAAAACUGCAGGCUCUAACAAACCCGCUGCCAGCAAAGAAAGCAGGACAGAGACGAGGAUAAACCCGCCAGCAGAGCUGCCCAAGCUCGGAAAUGCAACCAGUGACAAAACCGAAGGCAGGAAGAAAGGACGACCCAAGGCCGAGAACCAGGCGCUGAAAGACAUCCCCCUCCCCCUGAUGAACCAGUGGAAGGAUGAAUUCAAAGCCCACUCCAGGGUGAAAUGUCCCAAUUCAGGCUGCUGGCUGGAGUUCCCCAGCAUUUAUGGCUUGAAGUACCACUAUCAGCGCUGCCAGGGGGGUGCUAUCUCAGAGAAGCUGACCUAUUCGUGCUCGUACUGCGAAGCUGCCUUCACCUCCAAAACCCAGCUAGAAAAGCAUCGGCUCUGGAAUCACUUGGACCGGCCAGUGCCAACCAGCAAAGCAGAAAACAAAGUGCCGAAGGCCAUUGGGAAGAGUAGUGGCAAGAAAAGAGCUGCUGAGAGUUCAGCUUGCCCCACCAUCCAUCCCAAACAGGCAAAGACGGAAAAAGCCGUGGCCCAGGACCACGCUGAGAAUGGCGAGUGCCUGGCAGAGAGCCGGGAGAGCAAGGAGUUUCAGAUCGCAGCAGCGGAGGCAAUGGCAGCCGCCACCCCCACGGCGAAGUCCUCGAGUGGCAAGGAUGUGGUGCAGCAGGGGGGCAGCCAGGCCUCACUGCAGGAGGAAGACCCCGAGAGGAUGAAGCACAGAAGGAAACAGAAAACUCCUAAGAAAUUUACGGGGGAGCAGCCAUCCAUCUCGGGGACAUUUGGACUGAAAGGUCUGGUCAAAGCAGAGGACAAGGCGAAAGCCCAUCGAGCCAAGAAGCUGGAGGGGAACACCAACAUGGAGGAGCUGAAAAAGAAACCCCCAGGAGCUGGCGUGAAGAAGGAAGCGGCUGUGCAUCUACCAGCAGCAAAUCCUGAGGACCAGUGGCAGCGGGAGAUCAGCGAGAAGGGAGAAGUCGCCUGUCCAACCUGCAGCGUGAUAACCAGGAAAACUGUUGUGGGGCUCAAAAAGCACAUGGAUGUCUGCCAGAAACUGCAGGAUGCCUUGAAGUGUCAGCACUGCAAAAAGCAGUUCAAGUCCAAAGCUGGGCUGAAUUACCACACCAUGGCUGAACAUGUCAGCAAGCCUGUUCCUGUGGAAACUGAAGAGCGGGAAAGGCUGAGGAAAGUGCUAAAGCAGAUGGGAAAACUGAAAUGCCCCAAUGAGGGCUGCGUGGCCAACUUCUCCAGCCUGAUGGGGUACCAGUACCACCAGAAGCGGUGUGGGAAGCAGCUCGCUGAGGCUGACAAGCCUGUCUUCAGCUGUCCACACUGUGGCAAGAAGUACAAAUCCAAGGCUGGCCACGACUACCAUGUGCGGUCAGAACACACGGCCUCGGUGAGCCCCCCGGAUGCCUCCACAGCCCGAGGAGCGGGGCCGUCCCCCCCUGGGGGUGACUGCAGAGCUGCAGAGCCUGUGGGCAGGACAGAGCCGGGCAGGGCCGGGCCGGGCAAGCCUCCGGAGGAGCCAGAGGUGAAGCCAGAGCCUCACCCCAUAGAAGAUUUCGAAAGGACCCCGAGCGGCCGCAUCCGUCGGACGUCAGCCCAAGUAGCCGUCUUCCACCUUCAGGAGAUAGCGGAGGACGAGCUCGCCAAGGAUUGGACCAAGCGGAGGAUGAAGGACGACCUGGUGCCUGAAACGAAGCGGCUUAAUUACACCCGACCAGGGCUUCCAAAGCUCAAUCCGAGGCUGCUGGAAAACUGGAAGAAUGAAGUGAAGGAGAAGGGCCACAUCAACUGUCCCAAUAAUUGCUGUGAAGCCAUUUACUCCAGCGUCUCGGGGCUGAAAGCUCACCUGGCCAACUGCAACAAG